AUGUCGUUCGCUUUACUGGACGACGACGAUGAUACUUUUACCGAGGUUCUAGCGCUGUUGGACGGGUAUAAAGAGGCAGUUGAAGAGACCACGCACUCGCAUACUCGAGCCAAACACUCCUUUAGUUUACUGUCUGAGAGUUCGGCAUGGGCCGCGUUCGAACCUGCGCAUCCCAUGACUCGCAACACUAGUAAACAUCGCAAUGGUGCACGAGAGUUACGCCGUCGAGAGGUGGAAUUCUUACGAACCUGUGUCAAGGGGCUAGAGGCAGAGCUAAAUGCACUGAAUGAAGCGGCAGAGCAACGUGCACAACUGAGAAUAGCCACUACCGGUUUCGACGACACGAAUACGUCCUCGGCGUUGAUGAGUGUGUGGAAAGACCUGGCAACGCGCCAAUUGGACCAACGUUUGGUUUCAGAGAGAGAGAAUAGACGCCUCAGGUGCGCACUGGAAGACCAGAAGAAAGUGUGUGAAAUGCUGCAACGAGCUCUGAAUACAAGAGUCGCACGUCGUGUGAUGGAAACGAGUUUAGUACAAGAAAAGAGGACAAGACGCGUGCAUGGCAUAGCAUUGCAAGUAUCGGAUCGGGAGAUUUUUCAGGAAUUGGAGGCUGGCGUGGAUUCCGUGUACCAUGAAGCGGCAAGAGUAUUUUUUCAAGCGGAUAUGGAGGAUGAGACGUCUCUGGGAGUAUUUGGAAAAAAGACGCUGCCGUUUGAUCUCCACGCGACGGCGGAAGCUGCUUGGAGGUGCCUGGCACAUACGUUCCAGCAUGAGAAAUACACGUUUUUGUACAACAGAGAGAGACGGAAGAAUGAUUCGGGUGAAGUGACACAUGAUAACACGGUUAGGGAAAUCUUUGGCGUCGAGAUUCAAAUCGCAGAGAGGGUUGCGGAUUUCGUGAUCAAACAGGUGUUUCGACGAUACGUGGAGUCGGAUCGUAUUGUCAUUGCAUGGAGGUCUUACAUUGACCCGACAGAGUUCAAAGGCCAGAAAAUGCACUUUCGCUUCCAAGAGAAAGGAUCGAUGGUGAUCCAACAGCUGCCGAAGCUGCAGACGCCUGGUAACAAGUUUACAAUGCUGCGUAUCUGGCAUGUUAUUAUCCCGGAAACGCUAGCAAGUACGAACGAUAGCAGCUCUCAGUUUUUACAGGACCUCACAGAUUUUGUGCUAAACGGGUCAUCGUCAGCCAGCACAGUGCAAAUGAUCGAAAACAUGCUUCUUGAACAGUAA